AGAUUUCACUCCUUUCAGUGGCUGCUUGCCUGAUAGGUUCUGCCUUGUCCAUUCCCCUUUCGCCCAGAGCUGCAAGCUCAAUUGUUCCGGGCUCCAGCUAUGAUCGCAUUGUCAUCAUUGUUUUGGAGAAUACCGAUUACUCCAAGGCAAAGGCUGACCCUUACCUGGCAUCUUUGGCUCAAAAGCACAAUGGCGUGACUCUCACCAACUAUUAUGCUGCAACCCAUCCGUCUCAGCCCAACUAUGUGGCCAUGGUCAGCGGAUCCUUCAGUGGUGUUCUCCUCGAUUAUGACUCCACUAUCAACCGCAACAACAUCGUGGAUUUGCUCGAAGCCAAGGGCAUCUCGUGGAAGAGCUAUCAACAAGCUUAUCCCGGAAACUGCAAUACUGCUACCUCCAGCGGCACAUACUACCGUAAACACAAUCCUUUCAUGUCGUUUCCCUCCAUCACCAAGAAUGCAACCCGCUGUGCUAAAAUUGUCAAUGCCGAUCAGCUUGACACAGAUAUUGCUAACAAUGCUGUUCCUCAGUAUGUGUUCUUCACACCGGAUAUCAACAACGAUGCUCACAACACCAACGUCACCUACGCAUCUAACUGGCUCCAAUCGUGGUUGGAACCUCGUAUUAGCAAGACUGCAUUCAGCGACAACACCUUGUUCGUCCUCACAUUUGACGAAUCCGCAAAUAUCUUGAGCAACCAAGUCCUCACUGUCUUGUUUGGCCCUGCUGUCAGCCGUAGCUCAUUGACCGACGGGAACAAAUACAACCACUACUCUCUCCUCAAGAGCGUAGAGGAGAACUGGAAUCUUGGCGACCUUGAUGAAAAUGACACUAACGCUACUCCUUUCAUCGUCAAAGAUCUUGCCACCAAUGGUAUAUCUGAAAAGAUUAAGAAUGUUGUACUUCUUGUGUUGGAGAACCGAAGCUUCGAUCGUAUGCUUGGUUGGGCCAAUUACACUUCUGGUAUCAACGGCUUGACAGGCAAAGAGUACAACCUUGUCAAUCCUGCUGACCCCACCUCAACAAAGAUCUAUGCUGGACACCAUGGUCUCCUUCAGGAUCCUUUGGACCCUCCUCAUGGACUCGAUGAUGUGACAAGACAGAUUACUGGCAACCUCACUGCUCAGUCCGUUAACCGUCUCUCUUCCGCUCCCAUGGCUGGAUUUGUUGCUGACUUUGCCCAAUCUCUCAACAUUUCUUUGACAAAUACCACCACAUUAGCCCAAGUUAUGAAUGCAUUUGAUCCAGAAUCCAUUCCAGUCUUUUAUUCUUUGGCUAAAAACUACCUUCUAAUGGACAACUACUUCUCUUCCUUCCCUGGAUCAACCAUGCCCAACCGUCUUUUCGUCCAUUCAGCGACCUCCCACGGUGAAAUCAACACCGAUGGAACACAUUACAUCGCCGGUUACCCUCAAAAUACCAUUUACAACAAUCUUGCCGACUCUGGUAUCUCGUGGGCAAACUACUUUGAAGAAAUUCCCAGUUUGAUCGUAUUUGACGAGCUUCGUACUUCGCUCUCUAACUAUAAGCAAUGGAACACGUUCAAGAGCGAUGCCAAGGCUGGAACUUUGCCAUCCGUUUCAUUCCUUGAUCCUGCUUACUUCAGUAUUUUGAACUGUGUGGAAGAAGAUGAUGCUCAUCCGCCAUCCGAUGUCGCCGAGACUGAAAGACUGCUCAAGACCGUGUAUGAGACACUUCGUGCUUCUCCUCAGUGGAACCAGACCCUUUUGAUCGUCACUUUUGAUGAACAUGGAGGUUAUUUUGAUCACGUACCAACACCUACCUCAGCUCCUAACCCAGAUGGCAUCACUGUCUCCGACUUCAACUUUGACAGACUUGGUGUUCGUGUACCUAUGCUUUUGAUCUCACCCUGGGUCGAAGCCGGUAGCGUUCUUUCCAAGCCUAAUGGUCCUCAAUCCGACUCUCAAUUUGAGCACUCUUCUAUUCCAGCAACCAUCAAGAAGAUUUUCAAUCUUCCCAAUUUCUUGACCAAGAGAGAUGCCUGGGCAGCUACAUUCGAGGAAGCUGUUUCAUUGAGCAGCCCCAGAACAGAUUGCCCCACCACUUUGCCAAAUCCUCCUACUCCAGUUGUCAGCACCAACAGCACUGGCAUUCUUGACACCAUCGUUUGCGAUGCUCUCCUCAAGAUUCUCGGCCUUGACUAAAAAAAUUUUUUAACCAGAAGUAUGAUAGGGUAGCCUCAUCAUACAAUUCCAUAUUUUAAUACUUUCAUUCCCAAGUGUCCGGAGCUUGAAAAAAUGGCGUAUUGUUUGUUAACCAUAGUCUGUAUGAAGAAGAACUGGUGGUCUACUGACGCAGUUGUGAAAUCACUUCAGGAGGCAGACAUUCAAUUGGAACGACGUGAAACUUACCUAAUGAAAUAUAUUAGUCAAAAUCGUGAAAGUUCUUCCGGACUGACACUGUUUCUAUCGAACCUACUUG